GUGUGUGUGUGUGUGUCUGUGUCUUCUCAGCUGCAGUGCUGAAGUAUGAGAACAAUGUGAUGAACAUCCGGCAGUUUAACUGCUCGCCGCACCCAUAUUGGCUGCCCAACUUCAUGGACGUCUUCACCUGGUCUCUGCCCUUCGUUGGAGAGAAAGUGACAGAGAUGCUGGUGAACGUGUUGAACAUCUGCUCGGAUGAUGAGCUCUUGUCAGAAGGUGACGACACCUGUGAGGGUGGAGCUCCAGCUGUCAGGAAGGAGGUAAUCAGGAACAAGAUCCGGGCGAUUGGAAAGAUGGCUCGUGUCUUCUCUGUGCUCAGGGAGGAGAAUGAGAGCGUGCUGCAGCUGAAGGGACUGACGCCGACUGGAACGUUGCCCCUGGGAGUUUUGUCCGGAGGUCGGCAGACUCUGCAGAAUGCCACCGUAGAAGCAGAAGAGGCUCGAGCCAUCCAAGGCUACAAGCCAACACACAAGAUCCAGAGCUUUGAGGAGGCCAAAGGCCUGGACCGGAUCAACGAGCGGAUGCCCCCUCGUCGAGACAGCAAGCAGAAUGAGGCGGUGCUGUCCCUUAACAACCUGUCAGCUGGCACUGGAUCAUCAGACAAGAACGGCACCAACACACAGUCCUAGAUCCAGGUCUCAACCUCUUGGCUCCACCCCUUCUCCUCAUAUGCCAUGUGUUGUUUCCUGUCCCCUCCUUAAAGGUCCGGAGAAGCUUAAUUUAUUUUUUUGCUGAUGUCGCAGUGAACAGUGACAUGCUGGAUUAAAAAGACGAGUUGAGGUAAAUGUAUUAUUAAAAUGUGACCUGGUUUUUGGGACUACGUGGACACUGUGUUCAGUGAAAUCAUCAAUAACUUCUUAUGCCAAUGAUGGUGUGACUGAGAACUGUCUGUUUUAAAUGUCCCUUCUUCUUAGAAUGCCACCAUGAUUCCAGAGAAGGACCAUGCCUCUAUUAGCUGUGGGGACAUUGACCAUGAUUCCAGAGGAGGACCAUGUCUGUAUUAGCUGUGGGACAUUGACCAUGAUUCCAGAG